AUGUUGACUAGUCUAGUGCUGCUACUCGGAACUUUUCUACUCGUAGAAAAAGCAUUAGCAGAUUCUAAUUUGCCGUCGAGGUUUCUUAAGUACGCCUCGGAGCAAGAUGAGCGCUUUUGCUUCGGGUACGAGCCUGGUUGUCAACAAAAUUCGUCCUACUCUGCCGAGGUCGGCAUGCCAAAAUGCGAUAAAGACGUGUGGCCGUGAGACCUGAUACUUUACUGCUCUGUGUUUAUCGAAACUUGCAGAAAAGCCAUGAGCAAUUUCUACGAGCAGGCAGAUUUCGGAUACGUAAGAACGCGUCGGAACCUCCAUGAAGUUUGCGUUUCGGCCGACACGGAAAAGGUUUCCAACGUGUCAUCUGUUUUUCUUGUUGCAAAGCGAGUUUCUUCAGAAAUCCUCUUUGCGCUGCUCUGACAACUUGCUGUACUGCUAUGCAAAAAAUGUGUUUUUUGACUUGUCGAAUCUUCGAGCUGCAACUUCAAAGAGGUUCUACAAAACACGCAAUAAAAAGCUUCAUUCACAUUUCACACGUCAGGUAUCGGAACGAUGUCAUACAACACGGUCAAGUCGGAGGCAAUUGCGAAACAUUUUGGCCUCAAGUUUUGCAAAAUAAUUUGAAACAAGCUGGCUAUCUUUCAAGCUGGUAAACCUCUUUUAUUAGCAAUUUUUCUCACAGAUGUUAAGAUUUAGGGCACACGAGCUUAAUCAUUUUCGGUCAAAUGCCUUGUUUGCUGUCAAUGAGAGGAACUGCGACAUUGUCUUUGAAAGGCCUACAAUUGCCAUAAAAUUGGACGCGGCCCUCAACAUGUUUGUUAAUACUCCAAAUUCGGAGUAUCAAGAUUCAACGUUUAAAUGAGGGAACACUAGUAAAUCGGUGUUAGCUAAUCACAUUUACACAUUUAUUUAGUCUUCACAAAAUAAUCUCUACUGAAUCAUGGGAUUAGAAGAGUUGUUUGUCGGUUCGUUAAACUGUGGUUGAUCAAGAACGGCCCUUCUUAAUAAUAAUAAUUUAUUUACAGAUCAGUAUGAACCCCAACGAGUUCACUUCGAUAAUAAUAAUAAUAAUAGUUUAUUCACUGCCAUAAAAAAACAUUAGGUAGUAUAGAAAAAAAUUAUAAGUGAUCAACAUAUGACGGGCAGAAGAAUAACAAUACGCGGGAAGGAGUCAACCCCAACGAGUUGACAGGUACCCGGAAGUAAGAAGAAAUUUUUUACAGUAGGCGAGAAGGGAUAUUUUCAUAAAAAGCUUGAUUCGGAAGAUUAUUCAAUUUGUUCCGAAGGGUUUCUGGGGUGACGUUAAAAUCUAAAUAAGAAGUUAGUUUAUUCCAAAGAGGAAUAGUCCUAGAAAAGUAGUCAUUAGAAAACUGACCAGCUGUCCGUAGUCGAAGUGGAUUUCUCUGUAACAGGGAUUGAGUGAAAUACUUAUUGCGAUCGAGACAAUGAUCAGAGCCACAGACAAUUUUAUGUAGGGUGAUUAUAUCACAAAUUUUACGGCGAAUGAACAAAGGUUUGAUAUCAAACUGAUUGAGGCGAUCGGAAUAAGAAGAGAAGCUGACAUUACAGCGAAUGAAAACUUUCCGACUGAAGAGACGGAGAGAUGAUUCGAGUUUGUAGGAUUCAUCAGAUGAAAUAGCGGGUGAGAAAAGCUCGGAGCAAUAUUCAAGGACUGGGACCACGUAAGUUUGAAACAUACGAAAGUAGUUAAGAGGAGAAGAAAAUUUGAAGGUAUUAAGUAUUUGAUUAGAGCGUAAGGUGGCAAAGGCAGAAAUUCGAUUUAUGUGUUGCUUAAAGGAGAGUUUAUCAUCAAUAAACAGACCAAGAUCACGAACAAUGGAACUUUGAGGGAUUUCAAGACGGUCGACGAAGUAUCGGGUUCGAGGGUUGUCAGGACCAAAAUGAACUGAGAAAGUUUUUUCGGAAGCAAGGGGGAGAGACCAAAUGCGAGACCAUUCUAGGAUACCAUUAAUGCUGCUUUGGAGAGAUCUGGGGCAUCUACAAUUUAAAUGCAGAAAAAGAAAGAGAAAACAGUAAAGCAUGUAGUACAAGUUGAAAUCAGUUUAGUCUUGGAGGAAUAGAGGUAAAAAAAUUUUUGCGAGGUAAAUCGACCAAUAAUUUUUUUUGGAGACUUAGGGUGAAGGGUGAACUGAUAUUUGGAUGUAAAUUUAUUCCAAAUAGAAAUUUUUCGAAGAAAAAGUUGUUAGAAAACUGACCUUGAGAACGCAGCCAAAGUGAAUUUCGCCUUAAACUAAUUCGAAGGGCAAAAUUUUUAAAUUGAGGAAAGUGAUCAUGACCAGACACAAUGUUAUGAAGAGCAUCAGAAAUAACUUGUCUCAUGUAAAGCGGGGUUUGCUGAAAUUUCUCUAGACGAUCUGAAUAGGAAUUAAAGGAAAAGUUCGACCGAAUGUAAAAUUUACGUGCAAAAAAAACCGAAACGCCCAAAACUCGUCAAUUGAAUCUUGUGAUAGUAAUUGCCUAGUUUUGAGCGUUUCUGUGAUCACUGUUUCUCCAUGUAGGAACAGUACGGCGCCCAGCUAGUCCAAAGCUCGGAUCAAAUCCCAGACGAGAGUGGGAAUAAAGACCGAUCAUUCGGGAGGUAGACAUGAGAAAAUCUGCGGUCAUUAAUUAGCUGAAGCUGAAAAACAAGUAGCUGCCCGGUAGCUACUUGACUUGUAUUCCUGUCCUGACUGACUUAUGAAAUUACAUUUCGAGUUUUGAAGGUGUAUGCGUCAUACAUACAAACUUUACGAUGGUAGGAAGGAAUUUUGGGUCCCCGAAUAUUCGUGAGCGUUAAUUGUGCAUACACCAAUCUCUUGGAUUCUCGAAUCUUUGCGAAUUUGAAUCUUUGCAAACGAUUCUUGGGAAUAUUCACCUCUUUUCUGAUUUUUUAUUCAAUUUCAAUUCAAUUUAUUCAGUCUUCAGAGUUAGAUGAAGAAAAUCUCUGCUGAAUCAUGGUAUAAUCGAAGAGUUAGUCGUCGGCGCGGGUUUUUUAUACUUUUUCCAAUUUUUUUGUAAACGGAAGUUGAUGGAUAAUGUAUACAGAGUGAAUGAAAAUGUGGUAGCCGUUCUGCAGCCCAGUGUUCCAAAAGAGACGGCGGCAAGCGAAAAAAAAAGGUCGUCGCAAUGGGGCGAAAACUCGAGUUUUUUCUAACGCAACGCGGUGCGGCGCGUGUCACCCCCACAAAAUUUCAUUCAAUUUUAAUACGGUUUUUUCUCUUUUUCUCGCGUAUUUUACCAUUCUUUCGUAUUUUUCCGCAUUUUAUGUGUUCUUAAAACGUGUUUAUCGCGUUUUCCAGAGAUUUGAAGUGAUUUUCGAUUGUUCUCGUCACAGAAAUUCGCAUUAAAAUGACAUUUUUGAUGACAACUUAUUUCGCAUAAGAUAUUUCGUUUGUUUUUUUGUUUUAGAAUUUUCAAAUGGACUUUCUUAAGAGAAACGCUUUGAGAUUUUUCUCAAAAUUAUUUUUUUCGAGGCAGUAUUCGACGAAUUUAUUCUUGAAAAUGUCAUUUGGGGUGACAACUUUAUUCGUACAAGCUAUUAUGUAUCUGUUUUUGUUUUAAAACGUUCAAAUGGUAUUUCUUAAGAGAAGUGCUUUGAGCUUUUUCUCAAUUUUCCUUUUGGAAGUUCGAUUUGACGAUUUUUCCUAAAAAACGAAAUUUUGGGAGAUAUUUUGUUUUGCAAAAACUUUUUCGUCUCUUUUUUCAUUUAAAUUUGUUCUUUAUAAUUCAAUACACAUUAAAAUUCUUUGAAAACUCGCGAGAACCUAGGAAAAACAUCAUUUAAUGGUCUUUUUUCAACCACUAAAUCCACAAAACUUGACUCUCAUCCCCGCGCCCCUAUUGCAAUAAACCGUGCCGCUGUUGCAGUCAGCCACACCUACUGACCACAGCUGUCGCCCGUUUGGGAACACUGUGUGCAGUGAAUCUUUGACAAUGUGUAUGCGAGAAAGACGCAUCAUCACGGCGUUCCCAAACGGGGUGGCAAGACGUCAAAAAAAUUUUGGCGCGAAAUUUGAAAUCUACAGUACUUCAGCCGAAGGCGAUCGAACAAACAAGUUAUUAACCACUAAGAAUAACUGACGAGAUAAACGCGAGCUCGGUCACUAAGAAUAACUGACGAGAUAAAUGCGAGCUCGGUGGCGGUACAUUGACUAACUCGCAAAAAUGUCGCUUUCUUCUAGGCGCGAUCUCGCAUUUAUCUCGGCGCGACCUCGCAUUUUUCUUGGCGCCAUCUCGCAUUUAUCUCGCAUUUCAGAAAUUUUCAAAUUGCGAGAGAAAUGCGAGCUCGCGCCUAAAAAAAUGCGAGCUCGCGCCCAGACAAAUGCGAAACCGGCGCGAGAAAAAAAGCGAGAUGUUUGCGAGCUCGUCAAUGUACCGCCAGUGUCUCGCGUUUAUCUCGGCAGUUAUUCUUAGUGGUGGCGGUACAUUGACUAACUCGCAAAAAUGUCGCUUUUGUCUAGGCGCGAUCCCGCAUUUCUCUCGGCGCGACCUCGCAUUUUUCUCGGCGCCAACUCGCAUUUAUCUUGCAUUUCGGAAAUUUUCAAAUUGCGAGAGAAAUGCUAGCUCGCGCCUAGAAAAGUGCGAGCUGGCGCCCAGAAAAAUGCGAGACCGGCGCGAGAAAAAAAGCGAGAUAUUUGCGAGCUCGUCAAUGUACCGCCAGUGUCUCGCGUUUAUCUCGGCAGUUAUUCUUAAUGACGUUGAAUACUCAGUUUAAUUUGUGGCGUAGAAUGACGUCAUUUUAUCCGUAGCGCGCACAAAAUUUUUUCUGUAAAUUUAGAAACUUUGACGCCUCGCUCACCUUCCCUCACCCCCAUUAGGGACGCCGUGUUAUUUGAUAAAAAAUUAGUUGAAAACAAUCACACAGUGUUCAUUUGUGGUCGAAACACGAAAUCCUCAUAAUAGAACGACAAAGGAAAAAAAAAUGAAGGAAAGAAAAGAUGGAAAUUCAAAAAAGAAGUUAAUAUUCCCAAGAAUCUUCUUGGGAAUAUUAACUUCUUUUUUGCAAAGAUUCAAAUUUUCAAAGAUUCGACUCUAACAAAAGUUGCGGUGCACCCCGCGUCGAACUCUCGUUGCACCCCGCAGUGUAACCUGGGGUGCACCCCGUUUAGCUUUAAAUGCCUAUUAAGGUAAUUCUUCCGUAAACGAUUUCGAAGGAGUUUGUUUCCCAAUAUCACCAUUUUGUAUUGUUUCAUCUUAGGUCGUUACGGUAGCUCAAAAAAAACUUUUUAUUUCCGACCAGUUGCCCCAGGGGUUCACCCCAUUCAGGUCCAACGCGGGGUGCAGCGCAAACAUCCACGAAAAGUUCACUUUUUUCGGGGUUCUCUGCGGGGUAAACCCUCAUUUUUGUUGGAGGAGCCUCUAAGAUUGGUGUAUGCACAAUUCACGCUCACUAAUAUUCGGGGACCCAAAAUUCCUUCCUAACAUCAACUUUACCAAAAACGCAUGUUUCACAAAGCUUUUAAAACUGGAGAUCAGAGACGCUUUGAGAGAAAAAAGGUAGAGUCAAACCUUCCUGAUUUGAAAGGCGAGCAGAAAAGUGAGCGGGACGCGUAGCGUGCGCGUAUUUCGUUCUUGGCACGUGUUUAAUUCAAACGCCAGCGACAUACGUGAGCUACCCCUCAAAAACGCCAGCCGAUACUAUCCCCUUUUUUCAGACCCCUAUGCCUUUAAAAAGAAAGUUUGACGAGUUCGUUUAUCGCUCUUUUCAUUUCUUUUUUUAAUUAUCUAUUUAUUUCUGUUUUAAUUGAUGCAUCAAGAAUAGUAGAAUAGUUACAAAAGAGCGGUGACCGGGCUUUUCAAUACUAGUUUCAAAAAAAAAAAAUUGAACAGAGAACGAACUCUCCAAAUAGUCGAUGGAGGUUGAAUUGAACCCGUGCCAAGAACCACGAACGCGCACGCUACGCGUCCUGCCUCCUUCUCCGCCUUCCUCGCCGUUCAAGUCGACGAAAAUAGACUAAACGACUCAAUAUUGAUACAAUGCUUUCACUUUUGAAUUUCUUGGAAAUUUUUUCGUAUCGUUGCUUUUAAGGUAUCAUCAUUUCUGCGACUUCAUCAAUCUCUACGCUUCACAACACAUCAAUGGUUCGUUUCACAUGGAUGUGGACAUCAUUUGGUGGGACACGGUGAGCAGACAAAAAUAUCAUCAAAAAAGAUCUUUUUUCAAGGACACUAAUGAGUAUGGCGAUCAUGCGUUUGGCGUCACUUGGAAGGCAUUCAGUUUGUGGAAACCUAUAGAAUUGAAAAGUUUGGGUACGCAGGCAUGAAUAUAGUCUUAUAUCGUCAAUUUUCUUACGUUCUUUUGAUAGCCAAAUAAAAUUCACGCGAAAAGGGAAGGCCAAGCAAACCUAGUAAGUGCGUAAAAUGCGCGCAGAAAAGAGCAACUAAAAAAAUGGCUAAGAAUUUAAAAAAAACGAGACAUAAUUACCUGAACACUAGAGCCGCAACGAGCGCUCGAGUCUGUGCUUUAUUGAUAGUUGCUAAAAUAAAUAUCAAAUUCUUUGAAAUUUCUCUCAAAAAUUUCAAAUCUUAAAAUCAUUGGUUUUUUCCCUUCGGUUCUAGUGAUAUAAUACGUCAAUGAAAUUUAAACCAAAUCGAUUCACAAGAUGGUUAGCGAAAAUUAUUUCCAUUUUAUGGUUUCCCAACUAACGAAAUUGUUGAUUUAAGAAUAUUCAAACUUUCCGCAGAAUCGAAUGCUUGCUGCAAGUUGUUUUGUCUGAACUAAUUGUGACCAGCCAUCCUAUUAUUCCGAAAUUAGUCGCCUUUUUCUUGUUAGAAAUUAAAUUUUAGGAACUUGCAAAUACCAUCUUCGUUGGAUAUUUUUUGGAUAUUUGAAGAUACCAUCUUAUUUUUCUGAAACUUUCAUUGGGACUGCAGAUGGAAAGCGGGUCUGUUUCAAGUCGUUGAUGUUGCCUCUCCUCGCUCGUCAGUAUGGCGGUCUCUACUACAAUAUGCCCCUAGUAAGAAUUAUGAAAUUUUUUUAUUUAAAACAAGCGUUUAUUUUUGAAAAAUUAAAAAAACAGGCGCACAAGAUAGCUUGCUAUAGAAAUUUCAAUCAAACAUUUUUUUAAACAUCAACUCUUUUUUUAAUCGAUGAUGAUGUGUAUAUUUUUAAUUUAAUAAGUAGCUUUUAUACUGGGCGCCGUAGCGAAACAUGUAGUGUGCCUAUCUAAGGUCCACAUGGUCACAAGUUCGAUUCCCGCCUCGACCCAAAGCGGUAUAAGAAAUGUUGGUAGUGGGAAACCACGACUUCGAAAUCCCCAGCCGUCACACACAAGGACGGAUAUGUCAUUAGAGCCAGUCCACUGAUUAUCAGGAUAGGACCUCGGCUAAUCGACUUGGGGCGCCGACGCCUCUCAAGCGGUACAAAGGCAUAGGAAGAAGAAGAAGAAGAAGUAGCCUUGUACUCGUGAGCAACGAUUUGAGUUUGAAAACCUUUUGUAAAAUAUUUCUUUGCACUGAAAAGAGGGAGUUUUCCAAAAAAAUUUAUUAAUUUUUUAUAGUUUUGCCAAAAUUAUCAUGCUUAAAAAAGUUGUCGGACCGUUCGUGUAAAAAUUUUUUUUUGGCCUCAUAAAAACCUGCUUGUAGCUCAGAAGACUGACAAAAAUCGGAAAAUAACUAAGGAAUUUUUAGGUCGAAUUCAUAGGAAUCCGAUUUGUUUUCCUCUAUUUUUUUACUUCGAAUUUCAAAUCUUUUUUAAUUGAAGAUUUCGGCUGAAUUGGGGUUUUGAAAUGUUAAAUAAAUCAUUAUUAUCCUUAUUCGGCGAAGAAAAUUAAACAGAAAGUCAACACAAUCAAAAUCAUGGAAAAUCCUUUUUUAAGUCUAGUUUCGUUGAAGUUUUUUCUAGUUUUGAGCUUUUUUUUUGUCAGAAUUUUCAGAGUGAAACCUUUGCUAAGUUCCUCUUCGACCUUGUUGCAUUGUAGAUUAAAAUUUUAUCCGCCCAAUGAUCAAGAAAAGCGUGUUCAAGUAGAAAAAAACUGAUAACCUUGUCAAAGGCUUUCGCGGUUUUUGAAUUUUUUUUUUAAUUUGACGCCCUUUCAGGAUUUGCGUGAUGAACUUUUUUCAAACUGCUGAGUUACCCCUGAAAAUGAAAGUUCAACCCUCACAUUGAAGACUGUAGAGCUGGAGUAUAUACAAAACAAAACUCGAUCUUUUUCUGAUCAAAUCCAAGUUGCCUCAACUUUUUCGUAGACCUUUUUUUGCUCUUAUUUUUUUCUCACUAUGCAACAAAAAAAUAAUGAGAAAAUAAUAACUUUUUAUUGUAAACAUUUUGUUUUUCAAUAAAAAAACUUUGUUGAUUCCUAUAUUAAUUUGAUCAAAAUUCCCAUCAUUUUACUACAAACAGUUUUUUUCAGAAACUCUCAAACUAUUGAAUUUUUUGAAAAAUCUCAAGUGGAUAUAUAAUUACGUGGAGAAGUGUAGUUGGAUCAAAUUUUUUUUUUCAUCAGGAUUAUGCGUCUAUUUUGCGAGAAAAAUUAUUUUCCAUUUAAGUGAAAAUUUCCAUUUUUGUAAGUUAAUUGCUUAUUAAACACAUCGGCAUUUGUUUUUGAAUGUGUAUUUAGGGUGGAAUGAAUGUUUUUGUCUGAAUCUCUCUCAAUCAGUCGGAAAUUGGGGAAAAUCUGAGCAUUUUAACCGAUUUCCUCACGGGCACAGCAAAACAAGUGCUCCCGCCACAGCCCUGACAUGGGAGGUCGUUUUAGCGUAGGGUUCAGAAUUUUUUCUAAAUUUGCUCAAACAAUCUUUGAUGGACUGGGAAUCGAUCCCCCAUAGCUACCUGCACAAACUUUUUGUUUUGGAGAUAUGAUUUUUCAAAGUUUUUAUUCUUGACCAUGUGACACCGCGCGGAAGGAAUCUGGCCGCGCCACCAACCACUGCAUGGCAGCUAGGAGCGUGGAGCAGUGGCUAGCGUGUUAGCUUGCGGAGCCUAUGAUGAAGGUUCGAGUCCUUUUGCCGCUAACUUUUUUUGCCAUUAUUUUUUUUAAGAAUUCUGAUGAGAAUAUUAAAAUUUCUCGAGUAAAACCUUUCCAAAUAAGUUCGAUAGCUAUUUUCUUUCUAAAAUCGCUUUUUUUGAUGGACAACAAUUAUGAAAAAUUUCUGAAGUUGUGGCAGUUCUUAUCAUCAGAGACUAUUUUUGAAAAUCCGCAAAAAAUGUUUCAGCGCUGAACCUUCAUCAAAGAUCUUCGCAUUUCAUGAUUGUGAUAAAUAACAGUGGCUUUUCAAUAUGUCAAUAGCCAAUUUUAGCCUUAUUUCUGCAGGAACAUCUUCACCGAUUAUGGAAACUUACCCGUCACCCGAGUUUUAUUGAAAAAAAUUUUCCAAAUCCCAUUUCCAUCCUAAUCCGGUUUUUUUUUCAAAUUUUCAGGAAUCCAUAAAUCUUUUGAGCAAGUUGUUUUUGGGAAAAAUUCUCUGAUGAUGUCAAGUCGCCACAACUUCAGAAAUUUUUCAUAAUUGUUGUCCAUCAAAAAAAGCGAUUUUAGAAAGAAAAUAGGGAAUAAUCCGACGUUACCAACAUGUUUGAUUUUCAGCAUGAAAGUAUAACCAUUCGAUCCGUCUCGUCGAGAUACGUACGAAUAUCAUAAAAUUAUUUGGCGCUAGUAAGAAGAAAUAACUUUAUGGUGCGCAAAACACAGAAAAAAACUCCAAAAAUUUCAAAAAUUUCGCUGUAUUUUUCGACGCUGAUUCAAUUCAACUAUCGCUACUACGCCAUGAAAAGAAAAAACUUUUUAAAUCAGGAAAAACAGGAAAAAUAUUCGGAAAAUAUUCGAAAAAAACAAUGCAAAAAUGAGAAAUCACAUUAAAAAAAUAACCGACCGCGUCAAAGUCCGCGCUUACGCACAGUAUGCUCCUUUAAUAUUUUUCUUUCUUUUUUUUGGGAAAUACAUUUCACAGAUUUUUUCGCUACGCGUAUCAAGUUUGCAAAUCGUUUAAAGCUACCUGAUAGUGUUUUUUAGGGUCCACGUUUUGAAACUACAUGCUUUUUAUGUCAACUAUUUCAUUUCUUUCACGAAUUGGUCCCUGCGGCUCAGUUUUUUCAAAGCGAGCCACAGUCGGCUUCGCGCUAUGCGCGCUCCGCCUCCGUCUGAAGCCUUAAAACUAAGCCUAUUUUCUUAAGUAGUGCAUGAAAAGAAAAAGCAAACACUACUAUUCCUCAGAAUAAUUACUUGAUUGAAAACUAAUAAGGUUCAUCAUAAAUUUUUCUAAGUGGUCAGCGCCAAAUAAUUUUAUGGCAUUCGUACGUAUCUCAAUGAGACGAAUCGAAUGGUUAUACUUUUAUGCUGAAAAUCAAACAUGUUGGUAACGUCGGAUUAUACCGAAAAUAGCUAUCGAACUUAUUUGGAAAGGUUUUACUCGAGAAAUUUUAAUAUUCUCAUCAGAAUUCUUAAAAAAAAUAAUGGCAAAAAAAAGUUAGCGGCAAAAGGAUUCGAACCUUCAUCAUAGGCUCCGCAAGCUAACACGCUAGCCACUGCUCCACGCUCCUAGCUGCCAUGCAGUGGUUGGUGGCGCGGCCACAAUCCUUCCACGCGGUGUCACAUGGUUAAGGAUAUAAACUUUGAAAAAUCACAUCUCCAAAACAAAAAGUUUGUGAAGGUAGCGACUAUGGGGGAUCGGAUUCCAGUCUAUCAAAGAUUGUUUGAGCAAAUUUAUAAAAUUUCUGAACCCUACGCUAAAAUGACCUCCCAUGUGAGCUGGCGCGUCCCCGUUUGGAGCGUAGCCAGGCUUGUGUGAGGGCCGGAAAGUCAAUUGACCUCUCGCCCAUUUCCCAAGCCCGACCCGGCCCGGCCUUAGGGAGACCUCAAGCAAAAAUGGCCAACCCGAUCCAAAAAGCUCAAAUUUUUUUGUAGUCGAAUUUUUAAAUUUUUAACGACAAAAGUGGUGUUUUUGAUUUAUUUUUCAGAGUUAUUAGAACCUAAGAUUCAACAAGUAAAAAUAAUUUUCGGUGAAACUUUUUAAAAUUAACUUUCAUUUUUUUUUGAUGUUCAAAACUGUUAGAAUAUAAUUAGGAAGCACAGAUAAACGCAAAUUCUCUCUGAAACAAGAUUCGAUACAGAAUUCGGAAGCGAUAAAAGGGUGUGAAUCCGUAGAAACACAAAUAAAUUAAUUAUUAUGACUUUUAUAAUCAUUCUUGCAGCAAUACAGUAUAGUCCGUUCAGAUUUUGAAUGUCAAGUAGAAUGACGUCAUUCGAAAACACUCUGUGAAUGGCUCGCUCUCUGAUUGGUUUAUUGCGCCAUUAGGGGGCGGAGCUUUAGCACGGACUUGACAUUUAAAAUCUGAACAGACUAUACUUUUGAAUGCGCUCAACUCAUUAAAAUUCACAUUUAAGUACUAUCCAGGAGAAUUUCCCGACUUUGGACGUGUUUUCCAGUGAAAUCCUGAUAGUGGGAGUUUGGCGCGACUAAAAUAAUUUUUUGUUCUGGAAAAGCAUGUGAAGUACUAUUUUGUUUACCGAAGUGCAUUACUGAAGGUUUUGACUCAGUUCAAAAAAGUUUUACGCUAUUUGUGCUUCGAAAACAUCGUGAAUUCGGAAUUUUCGCGGGUCGGUGAAUGCACAAUUUCGCCAACGCGCAAAUCCAGGACGCUGUUUUUUUUUUGUUCGAAUGAAUUAAAUUUUGAAAGCACAAGCAGGAUUUUUUUCGUUUUUGACUAUGUUGAAGAAAAAAAGUAAACAAAAUCAAAAUAAGAUAAUUUGCCUACGACUGUUUAGACACUUUCCCAAGUGUUUCAAAAAAAUCAAAAAAAUCAAAACUUAUUUUUUUAAAAUUAAGGUUGAAAUAAAAAGUUUUGUUUUUUUAUUUUUUUAAAAUGUUUUAAAAUUUAUAGAAAAACAGUUCAAAAAAAAUUUUUUUACGAUAUUUCGCGGAAAAUGACAAAAUUCCCGAAUUUCGAAAGUUGCGAUUUUUCCGACACUUCGAUAUUUGAAAGCACAAGCAGGAAUUUUUUUAUUUUUACUUAUAUGGUGUAUUUUUACAUGCUUAACAAAAUAAGAAAAAAAAAUAACUUGCCUACGAGCGGGAUUGUAAGUAUUCAACGUUUUUCCACUUUUUCGCACAAAGGCGUCAGGAAUAAACGUCAUUUUAACCGAUUCUUUUUUUAUUUACAGCUAUUUCUUCUAUGUAGAAUUGUAGAGCAUAGUCGAUUGUAUGUUUCCCUUAAUUAUUUCCCAAAACGGUUCAGGGAAACUGCAUAAACAACAAUUAAAUGUCAAAAAUGCAACGAAAUAUACGACGUUUUUUGGUCAGCGAGGGGGUGUGGCCUUGCGGUCCCUACCUUUGCCAUAUACCAAAUUUUAACAUCUAAAAAGGUAAAAUUUUUUGAGGAGCCAGGAUGCCACGGUUCGGGAUUGGUGCACUCGUUUUCCGAACAUCUGCUCCACCGUUUAGCCGUUCCUAAGUGGGAGGCGUCGCUUGAGGAAGUCCGAUUGGUGAUCCUGUCGCGCUCGACCACCUUCCGUCGAAUGCUCAAUAUCGGAAAGGCCGGUCUUUUUUUUUUCAAGAAUUUAUCAAAAGGAUGA